ACCUAGCCAUGAUUGGCCAAUUCCGCAUGGGCUGUUACCUGCACUUUAAUUGAUUUCAGCUCGUUACCUAAUUGGGAACUUUCAUCUUUUUUUUAUUCAAUGCGACCAAUAUCAUCACCAUUGGUUGGCAUCUUUUAUAUCGUCAGUUGCGUAUUACUAUUGUCUACGAUAGCACUCAACGAUGAUCAAGUGACAAAUCGCACAGGUAUCUAGCUAAUAGCCUUACGCCAUGCCGCCCCGUCCGGGAACCACAUUCCUCCGACGGCUUCGGACUCCUACCGCGGCAUCGCGGACCAUUCGGCAUGUGACGAUAAAUCCAAGCCGAAGCUUCUCAACACCCGCUUCCCACCGACAAUCUCAAUCUUCCACCAACUCUUCCACAUUCACCACCGUCUCUCCCGAAGAGGUAUCCCACUUUAAUGCCCUCGCCUCCUCAUGGUGGGACCCCCAAGGUCCCUCUCGGAUCCUUCACCUUAUGAAUCCGCUCCGCCACGACUUCAUCCGUUCAUGCCACUCCUCUACCUUUGACGCCCCCCUUACACCCUCGACAAAACUAAAAUACCUCGAUAUAGGCUGUGGAGGGGGAAUCUUCGCCGAGUCCGCCGCCCGCUUGCCCAGUACUGCUUCCGUGACAGCCAUUGACCCGAGCCCCGAGGUGCUGGCCAUUGCUAAGGCCCACGCGAAGCGCGAUCCGGUGCUAAAGUCCAAAUUAACUUACCUAAACACGCCCAUCGAGAACCUUCCCGUGCCCGCCACGCCCGAGGAAGCAUACGACGUCGUGUCCAUCUUCGAAGUGGUAGAGCACGUGUCGAAUCCGGCGGAGUUUCUAGACCGGUGUACACCUUUCGUCAAGCCCGGCGGAUGGCUUGUGCUUAGCACGAUCGCAAGAACAUGGAUGAGCUGGUUGACCACGAAUGUUGUGGCGGAAGACAUACUACGUAUGGUGCCGAAGGGCACGCAUGACUGGAACAAGUAUAUUAACGAGGAGGAGAUGAGAGCACAUUUUCUGAGGAACAGAACGGGUUGGGCCGAACCGAGAUGCAUGGGCGUGGUUUACGUCCCUGGGGUUGGUUGGAGGCAGGUCAACGGGAGUGAGAAAAUUGGCAACUACUUCUUCGGAGUGAGGAAGAUUGCUGAGUCGACGUGACACAACUGAUGUUGACUACCCCCCUAGGCUAACGAGAUGAUUACGAUGUAUAUCAAUAUACCCAAUGAUUUCCUCGUACAUGUCGCAUGUACCCCUAUUUUCCACUACACCAAAAAAGAAAUCGUGUCCUCGAGUCCUCGAUCCCAAGAUGGUGUACUCUUUUGCUGCUUCCUGUAUAAAUACGUCAUAUGUUCCCUUCAGUUGGGUCUUGACACUUCCACAUGCCUCAAUCUAGCUACCUACCUCAUUCGUCUACUACGUCGCAACUAUGUCGCCCGUUCGGGAUAAGAAACCACCACAAGAGUUGAAAGUUAACCUCUCAAUAUACUAGGCACAGAUUCUCGCAUACUUAGUAAUAUAGUAAAUAUGU